CACCAAUACUUUCAUUUGAUAUGAGAAGCAACACUAGGUAGCAACUUGAACAACUUACUGACCAAGCAACUUCGAGGUCAACAAGUGAGGGUGUUUGUACAGUACAAUACAGUACAUAAGGGGUAAGCUGUGCCAAGUGAAAGUGAAUCUUGGACCCACCAACCCUCAAAUCAACAUCCAGUUCCCGAUACCUUAACGCUUUGUAUUCACUACAGAAGGCAUCACCGGCUCCCGUACAUCAACACAGAAGUCAGGGGAAGAGGGGGAAGGAAACAAGGAUAGAGUGGAGGGUAAAGUAAAAGCAAAACAAAAUAAAUAAUGGAAUAAAGAAGAACAGAAAGCAAGGAAACAAAAAAAAUUUGAGCAAACCGCCAACAUGGACCGGCACGCAGCCGCCGUCUCCAAGAUCGCGUCGGCCGUGCGCGGCUACUUUGAGCGCGGGGAGCCCUACCGCAUCUUUCACGGAAGCACCAACAGCACGCGGCCACGGCCUUCUCCUGGCCGCACCGCCGCCGUCGACAUCUCGGCCCUGCGCAACGUCAUCUCGGUCGACGCGUCGCGCCGCGUCGCCCUCGUCGAGCCCAACGUGCCCAUGGACCGCCUCGUUGAGGCGACCCUGCCGCACGGCCUGGUGCCCCCCGUGGUCAUGGAGUUUCCCGGCAUUACCGCCGGCGGGGGUUAUGCCGGCACUGCCGGGGAGAGCAGCUCCUUUCGGCACGGUUUCUUCGACGACACGGUGAGCCGCGUCGAAAUGGUGCUCGCCGACGGGGAGGUCGCCGAGGUCAUGCCAGAGGGGGAAAGGGCGGAUCUGUUCCGGGGCGCGGCGGGCGCGGUCGGGACGUUGGGCGUCACGACCCUGCUCGAGGUGCAGCUGAUGCAGGCCAAGAAGUUCGUCAAGACGACGUAUCGGAGGACGGGGAGCGUGGCGGAAGCGGUGGAAGCGGUGAGAGAGGAGGUCAGGAGGCCGGAGAAUGACUACGUGGAUGGGAUUUUGUUUUCCAAGGAUCACGGGGUCGUCAUCACCGGGGAGCUGACGGAUGAGAAGCCUGACGGGGUCAGGCCGCAGACGUUCAGCGGCGCGUGGGAUCCUUGGUUCUAUCUCCACGCCAAGGAGAAGACGGCGACCCCUUCGGCUGAGUCGCCGGUGGAUUAUGUCCCGCUCGCCGAGUACCUAUUUCGAUAUGACCGUGGCGGCUUCUGGGUGGGUGCUGCGGCGUUCCGGUACUUCAAGCUCGUCCCUUUCACGCGCUUCUUCAGGUGGUUCCUUGACGACUUCCUGCAUACCCGUAUGAUGUACCGCGCGCUGCACGGCUCAGGGGAGAGCGCGCGGUUCCUGGUGCAGGACAUAGCCAUGCCGUUUGAGACAGCCGAGCCUUUCGUCGACUACACAUCUUCCGAGCUCGGCAUCUGGCCCCUAUGGCUGUGUCCGCUCAAGCGCCGCGGGCCGCCGACCUUUCACCCCUUCACAACCCUGCCAGAGGGCGUUGCCAAGAAGGAGGAGGAUAUGAUGCUCAACAUUGGUGUCUGGGGAUGGGGCCCGGCUGACCCGGCGCAGUUCGUGCAAAAGAACCGAGAGCUUGAGAACAAAGUGCGCGAGCUCGGCGGCAUGAAGUGGCUGUAUGCACACACCUACUAUCCCCAGGAGGAGUUCUGGCCCAUGUACGGCGGGCGGGAUUGGUACGACGACUUGCGGCAGAAGUACAAGGCCACCAAGCUUCCGAGCGUGUGGGACAAAGUCCAUGUCGACCCUCGAGCAGCUGAGGGAAAGAAGCGCCACUGGCUCAAAAGGCAGUGGCCGAUUGGCGGGUUGUACGGCAUCUAUAAGAGCAUUCAAAGCAAAGACUACAUGCUGCACCGUCAUGCGCAGUGGAAGUACAAAGGGGAGUGAUGUGCAUCGGCGACGUCUCUCGGCGAGGCCAGGCAGUUUGGUGCAAGUGUAGAGCUCAUUGUACUGUUAUCCUGUAAUCUAGGCUUGGGAAACCUGCCACAAUGUAGAAUAGGUAGCUACCUUAGUCAAGCGCAUCCACGAUAUAGAAUAAAGGAG